AUGGCUAACAUUUCGCUGCGUCAAGCAUCCGCUCAUAUUAGGAAUAGUCGUAUGGACAGACUCGCAAGUGGAGACAAGGCAGAUAGUUCCCUGGAGCAAGCUUUGCUGAGUAGCAGCGCUCCGCCCAUGUCUGCCGCCAGGAAAGAGUGGCUGGGGAUCAAGUCUAUGCUCUUUGAGCCCUUCAAUGCUCUUGUAGUCUUCGUUCCCAUCGGUAUAUGCGCCGGCAUCUUUCAAUGGUCUCCUCUCUGGAUAUUCACUACCAACUUCAUGGCUCUGCUACCGCUUGCGAACAUUCUCGGCGAUGCCACUGAGGAGCUGUCGGCUGGGCUGAAGAAUGAGACUUUGGGAGGUCUCUUGAAUGCGACAUUCGGGAACGCAGUAGAAAUGAUUGUCUCAAUUCAGAGUCUCAUGCUGAAUCUGAUAACCGUCGUCAAGGGCUCCUUACUUGGAUCUAUCCUGUCCAACUUGCUACUGGUGUUGGGGAUGUCCUUCUUCUUUGGCGGGCUCGGUCGACGUAAUAAGGAACAGGAGUUCCUUGAGACGGGUCCCAUGACCAACAUGAGCAUGCUCCUGCUAGCCUGUGCGGCUUUUGCAGUUCCAACGGUGAUACCACACCACCACCACCACUUCGGGAGCAACACCUCAGUUCAGUUGGACGACACUGUGUUGAGCAUCUCUCGAGUCGCCUCGAUAUUCCUCCUUCUAAGCUACAUAGGGUUCCUAUUCUUCCAACUGUACACUCAUCUUGAGGUCUUCGAGUCUGAGGACGACAACCAGGCCGAAGCGACUAUGUCUAUCUGGUCUUCCAUGCUCAUUUUAUUGGUCUCUACCGUUCUUGUGGCAGUAAACUCAGAGUUUUUGGUCGGGUCCAUUGAGGGGGUUGUGUCCGAAUGCAACGUUUCAGCGUCGUUCAUUGGCGUCAUCCUGCUGCCUAUCAUCGGCAAUGCCUGUGAGCACGUGACUUCUGUCAGGAUGGCCAUCAUGGACAAGCCUGUGAUUGCCAUCGGCAUUGCUGUGGGUUCCAGUACGCAGAUUGCUCUGUUUGUCAUUCCCUUCGCUGUGAUAGUCGGCUGGUGCAUGGGCGUUCAUAUGGACUUGGACUUUAAUGCGCUCAGUGUUGCUAUUCUGGUCCUGUCUGUUAUGAUUACUUUGUCUAUCCUGGUCGAUGGAAAGAGCAAUUGGCUCGAGGGUUUGAUGCUCCAGCUCACCUAUCUCAUCAUAGCGGUAGCCUUCUGGUACGAUCCUUCGAGCGACUUUGGAGCGCCGGGAGCGCCACAGUAGGGUUGGACAAGAUCAAGCUCUCGCCGUACAAUAGACGUCACUAUGCUGUUGAGAACUGUUUUACUGAGUUAUAUUAUCUGAUUUGGUACUAUAGAGCCGCGAAGCACUCUCUAUCACUGAGAGUUGCCGAUGCGUCUAUAUGAUUACAACUACAACUUUGAGAUCUUUGCUCGUCGGUUGAUACCCGUCUGCUGUCAAUGAAUGGUGGACUACUAUUGUGUGAUGGGAAGCGUUCGGCUGAAGAGUCGCUGAGGAACUGAAGUUCUCGCCGGAGUCACGCUUUUGUACUUACCCGUGGCGUGGUGUCGAGUUCCGUAGUCGACACAUGUCGAUUCGGACCUCGGUAGGAGAAUGGAGUUUCGUG